AUGCUGCUGCAACGUCUCGUGGUGAUGGUCUACUCGCUUUGCACGCUGCUGCAGCACAUCAAGCACAAGAAGUGGUUCUUGCUCGUGCUCGUCAGCUUCUAUAUGGGUCUUCGUUCCACUCAAAGGGAUCCAAUCGUAGGAAAGUCGCGUGACGUGCAUAUCAAUAACAUGAAUACACAGAAGAUCGACGAUGGGGUACACAUGGCACCGACGCUUGUGGUUGCGCCGUGGACCAACGCCAGCUUUGAGUGUGUAGGCUGGAAGCGCAUCCAGUCGUGCCGAGAAGAGAAGCCGGAAGAUGAAAAAGAGGACGAGCCACUGGAGCCGGAGAAGGACGUAUUGGGGUGCUCGGAAGAGGUUGGACCCCGAAUGGCUGGCUACUGUAUUGUGCGGAAUCGCACGUCCGGCGACUUGUACAAGCUCAUGGUCAGCUCGUGCGACUCGCUGCCAACGGGAUCUUCGUACACGUGCGACAUGUCGCGCGACUUCUCCGAAUUCGGAUACCACUCCGUUAAGUACGAGCAUAAACCUGUGGCACCAACGCUAGCGCUGCCGUUAGCAGCGACAAGCAGACGGCAGCCGACCAAUGGUGUGUUGAUGAUCAUUUACGACCGCGUGCUACCGUCGGCGUACGCAACUAUUCGGAUGUUGCGUCUUCAAGGCUGUGUUCUACCUGUUGAAUUAUGGUAUCGGCCAGAUGAAAUGUCGAUCGAUAAUCCAAUUGUUUACAAGCUCUUAUCCGAAUACAACGUACGGAUGCGACCGAUCUUUGACCGGCGUGCGAUGGGAUUCCAUGUCAAGCCGUAUGCAGUGUAUUAUAGCAACUUCGAUAACGUAUUGCUGUUGGACGCAGACAACUUGCCAGCCAAAGACCCGACCUAUUUGUUCGAGGAACCGGAAUUUUUGCGAACGGGCGCCAUAUUCUGGCCUGACUACUGGCAACCAUCUAACUCUCUCUUCGAGUUAUCAAACACAAGUCUCCUAUGGCAGAUUACAGGUGUGAAGUUUGUGGAUAUGUUUGAGCAAGAAAGCGGACAGGUUCUGAUCGACCGGCUGCGCAGUAAGAGAGCUUUGGACAAGCUUAUGUUCUACUCCACGCAUCAGCCUCGAUUGUUAGAACAGUUGCAUCUCAUUUGGGGGGACAAAGACCUUUUUCGAUUGGCGUGGAUCAACAGCAGUCAGCCCUUUCACUUUAUCAAGUAUCCGCCUGCAGUGGGUGGAUUGGAUUUGAAGAAGGAGAAGGGAGUAUUCUGUGGACUUGCCAUCAUUCAGCAUGACGUACAGGGCAAUCUAGUGUUUUUCCACCGGAACUCCAUCAAGUUGGACGGCAAGCCCGAUCAGCCGCGUAUAAUGAGCCACAUACAAGAGUAUUCGCUGGAAGGUGACCCGCGCGAUUACCGCAUUUUCCAGGCCGUGUACGCGCAUCGAGAGUGCUGCUACUACAUUGGCACAGACUCGUUGCCAGACGGACGUCCAGCUACCCAGGUCACACCUAUCGACUCGACAAUCUACGCUUCGGUUGAACAAUUGGCGAUCCAAUUCUCCGUUGAGGCUCGACAACUGCUGAUCGAUGAUGCGCUGUCCAGCAAUCUCGGCUUCCGGUCGAUGCGCAUGGAGCAUAUCGUGGCACUGUUCUUGCUGAUCUACGUGCUCGCGAUCAUUGCGUUCGUGUGGUGUAAUGGUCGACCUGCACGAGAGCGACUGCCGAGUCGCUGGAAACCCAUGGAGUCCAAGGAACGAUAG